AUUACUUCCCCUUAGAAUAUACUAUAUUUAUAAGAACACCAGAAGAAGUAGUAGUAGUACCCCCUCGACAAGAUGGCGAACAGUGUGACGGCCCCCUAUUACGGACCCUAUCCUACAAACAUACAGCCCGGUUACAGCACCUCCCCCACUGGCACUCUCGGUGUUCAAGGAAGUAUACCAGGAAGUCAGCCGGCCUACUCCUCCUACGACAACUCAAAGCCGUUCAGCGGGGCUGCCAUGCUGGCAGCCUCCUUCACCAGCCCCACAGCCGGCACUGCUCCCCAGUACUCUGCAGCUGCUGCUUACUACAGCCAGCCUAACACAUCUCUAGCUUAUGGUCAGCACACGACAAGUGGCAUUUACAGCAACUACACAAACCAGUCACAGUUACAGGCUAACACCUCUCUCACAGCUGCCCACGCUCAAUUAGCUGCAGCCUCUUUGCGAGGAUUCCAAUCCCCCCCGUACGGAGCAGCAACUAACUACAGCUCAUUACAACACACCGGUGCUACCAGCGUUCAGCCUUCUUACGAACAGACCCUCUACAGCAAGGUUUACAGCGAGCAGCUGGCUGCAGCACAAGUACAAGCUGCGCAACAACAAGCACAACAGCAAGCGCAGCAACAAGCGCAGCAACAAGCGCAGCAACAAGCACAGCAACAAGCACAGCAACAGGCGCAGCAACAGCAGGUUCAAGCGCAACAACAAGCUCUUACCGCUGGGUUCCAGCAGAAACAUGACAUUGUUGAUGGGUACAUUCAGGCUGGUGGUGGAAAUAGGCUUCAAGCUAGUAUAAUCCCGCACCAAACCCCACACCACCUCCUCUCCUCCAAACAGCAGCUCUCAUCACACAUCACACCUAACUCCCCUCCCUCUGAACAUCGGGCUUCUGUCUCUUACUCUCAUCUGGACUCUCUUCAAUCAUCCUUCUCGUGCCCCCCUCCAGUAGCACCACCUAUCUCCUUGCCUCCCAAACCCACCCCUCACAUGCCUCCCACCACCAAGCUAUCAUCCCUGUCCAUGAGGGAACACAGGAACAAGCACUCUGACAUGUCACCAGGAUCCCAUCACAUGUUCAAGAGAAGUGUGGUCACGUGUAAGAUUCCCUUCCAGAAGACAAUACACAUGCACAAUCAUCUCUGUGAAACUUGCAAAGUAUCUUGUGCCAGUAGUAAAACCUACAAGGAUCACAUAGAAGGUCAGCGACACAAGAAGCGUGUAGCGCUGCGGGAGCAGGAGAAGAAGAACGAAGAGCUGGCGACAGUGCCUACAACCGGUGCCUCGUACAAGUGCGUGUUGUGUGAUGUCACCUGUACUGGCAAGGAAACAUUCGAUGCGCACAUCACAGGUAUGAAACACAAGAAAGCGGCUAAAUUGUACAAAGAGUUGGGUAAAGAAAUACCUCCUCACGAAAUAACGGGAGAUACAGAACCCAGACCAGAAGUUCCGGUGGUAGGACGAGAACUCAUCGAGACCAAGAGCGACGCUUCCAAAUCAUCUAAGGUUAUCUAUCAUUGCAAGAUGUGCGACUGUACUUUUAAUGAUGAUCUAGCUAAAGAGCUUCAUUUGAAAGGACGUCGACAUCGACUGAACUACAAGAAAAACUACGAUCCUUCUCUGAAGGUAGAAAUACAGCCGAGUAAACGGGAGAAGAUAGCCGAGCAAAAAGCGCGGCGCCGAGCAGAAGAAGCAGAGAGACGUAGGAACAUGGUGGAAAGUAGACGGCAUAUUUGGGAGCAGAGCAGGUGGCGCGCGGAGGAAGAGUGGCACGAAUGGGCGGAGGCGCGCAGCUGGCAUCAGUACGAGUCAAUGAAACAGAAGCAGACGGCUGAUUACGAGGAGAGGUUCACUAAAGAGAAGGAGCAUUGUAAAAAGAUGGGACUGCCAGAGCCCACAUUACCACCCCGUCCCCACAUCCCACCUCCGCCGCCCCGCCAGAACAACGCCCGGUUUAUCUGUCCUGGAGUAGACGAGUUCUUGAUGAUCCAGAAACAGAGCAUGGUCAGUCCUAAAGAGGAGCAUCUCGACACUUUGCAGGAUCUGGUGAGUGGAGUUGAGAUGGCGCUCAGACAGGUUUCAGAUAUCCUGUGUGCAGAAGCAAAGGAGCAGAUGACUGCUCAAGGGGUAGAGCCCAGCACUACUGCUACUGCCAGGAUAAUUAGCACUAUCCACAAAACGGGCGACCUUAUCAAGGCAAUCCUGCUAAACGAGAACCUAACAGCUGACGUAGCAGUACUCUGCACAGAGAAACCAACCCUGUCAAUCCUGAGCACUGUGUUUAUUAAGUUUAAGGAUCUGUUCCAGUGUCCAGAGGACGGUAAGGUGGACCUUCAGGCGGAGAAGGCCAUGUUUGUAGUGUCCCAAGGGGAGGGACCCAGCUUUACUGUCAAUGUUAAGUUGACGAGUCCUGCGUUUGAUGCUCCUGUUUCUGAGGACGAGCGACGUGCUGAGUUUGUUGCUAAGGUGUUGGAGAGGAAACAUUGUGAGAUGACAAUGGCAGAUGUUAAUGAGGCUGGAUGGUACAAGAGCCGCUUUAAACCCAACACUCCAGCAGUCAUUGUACUCAGAAUCCUGGCUUCUCUUAGACUAGAACCCGAGUCAGAACUUAAGGAUUUAUCUAUUAAAGCCCUCCAGAUGCUAGUUUUCAUAGCGUUCAAGACAUUUGGUCACAUCAAGGCAGUGGCCCCAACACUGAUCCUGCGAAGAUUCUUCGAACUUCUGGCGGCUGGAUACGUCCUGACGGAGGACAUCAUUCCUCACUGGCACCAAGCCAAAACACCCACCUCCAGUCUGCUCGACAACUUGGAGGUGCAACAAAGAGAGAGGAUUACCGAGUAUGCGCAGUACGCGCUGCGCUGCAUUGCGUUUGGUCAGCUUCACCGAGUGCUGCUUAUCCCACCUCCCCCAAACCCACCUGCUUACAACCCCUCUAACAUGUCCAACUCUAGAAUCUAACUGACUGGCUCAUUUAUUUAUCUCUUUACACUCCUUUUAUCGCAUCCUGUCGUGACUGAAUCCCAGCUAUUUUACUUCUUCCUUUUCUAUGCCAAUUCCUGUUUUAUCUCACUAGUUACUAUUGCUGCCUAUGGUUUGGUUCCGUGUUCUAAUCUCUGCAAUUUGAGAUAUUACAUUUAUAUGACUGUGUUUGUGCAAACAGCAGAAAUUUUUAACGAAAGUGAAAGGUUCACUUAUGAUUUCUUAAUUUUUUGCCCAACUAUAUGUCUCGGCAUCUUGCCAAGAAUGUUCCUAUUUUAUUGACUUUUGAAUCAUUGAUACCCAGGUUUAUUUAUUAACUAAAGUAUAUAGCUUGAUCGUUGAGCAAUUAGUCAUCAGCUUUUGGCUUUCUCUUUCUUUCUAAAACUACAGUCAGAAGGUGGGAGUAUUCCUACAAGUCUUAUUAAUCUUUUAAGUAAGAACUCUAAUUAUUUAAUGUUUGGCAAGAAAAUGUUACAAUCUGUAAGAAUUGUGAAUGUAGAGUGUGGAAGGUUAUGUUCAUAGGUGAAGGUAUGUGUGGUAGUAUUAUUAGUGUGUUAUUUACGGUAAAAGUGGGCUAAACUUGUACCUUGUAAAAUGUAACAUGGUCCUGCAAAUAUCAGGAAUCAUUUCGAGAAGGACUGCCUCAACCAUUUUUCUCAAUUCUGUAAUGUUUUGAAAGUUCAAUGGUUGUCCCCUGCCUCUCAAAUACUUAAAUAGUUCCUGAAAUUGUAUUACGUGGAAUUAAAAUUGAAUAAGUUAUUGUUUGGUAAAGCGUACGUUUUAUCAACGAUGAUGUUUGGGGACAACAAACGACACGCCGUUUGACACGUCGUUUGAACAUGACAUUCUUUGUCUGCUAAUGACGAAAAUCUUGUGUAUUGCUGUAAGGUUUGACUUGCAUCAACAUGAGUGAAAACUUAAAGAGUUAAAGAGUGUAACUAAAUGCCAAGAAAUACAUUUUCUACACGUGCAAUUGAAAAUCUGACCACUUUUAUCUCGUAUAAAGACUGCUUUUGGCUCUAUUUUAGUCUGAACAUUGAAUGAAGACAUUGUUCAUGACUGAAUGGAAACUAGAAAAAAGUAGACUUUUGGUAGUACGGUCUUUAUUGUAACUUUAUUACUUGAUAUCACUUUAUUAGUAAGAUUAACUAUCUUUAUUAUGCCAUACAGUAUCAACCAUAAUAUUUUAUUAACAAAACGCGGGGUAACCGGAACCAAACUGCAAAGAAGGGUUAAACCAUGGAUUCUAACUGACUAACAGUUGACAUAAUAAUAUGGCUUUCAUGUUACGAGAUUGAAGGAAAAUGUGUCGGAGACUGCGUGGUCACUGGUUCAUUGUACCCUGUGUUUUAUCUCACUCACAUGAUCCUAUACGAUGCAGUAUAUUAUUGAAUUUAGAGUAGGAAAUGCAUGUUAACUAUAAUAAUGAUAAACAUAUCUUAACAGUCA